CGAGCGCUAGAUGUCGGGAAUCGCCGGUCUGCCGACGACAUCUGAACAUCGCGGAGGAAAGUUGUGUUCGCGCAGCAUUGACAACGGCAAACACCAGCAAUCGCCGCGUAACCCCCAUCUGACGCCUUGCGGAAUCUUGGACAAGCGCACACAGUCUUUCACGAUGAUCCAGCUGAAGACCCUCGUCAACUGCAUCGACAACUCGGGCGCCGCCAUAGUCGAGUGCGUCAAUGUCCUGCGAUCGAAGCGCCCGGCAAAAGUUGGCGACCGCAUUGUAGUUGUCGUCAAGAAGCAGCGCAACUUCGGCCCGGAGACCGGCAACAGCGUGUCCGUCAGCGCAGCAAACAAAGUACGGCGCGGAGACGUCCGCCACGCAGUCGUCGUGCGCACAGCGAAGAAGUGGCAGCGACCGGACGGCAGCGUGGUCAAGUUCGACGACAACGCCUGCGUGCUGAUCAACAAGGCCGGCGAGCCCAUUGGGUCGAGAGUCAGCGGUGUUGUGGCGGCAGAGCUGAGGCAGAAGCAGUGGUCGAAGAUCUUGUCGCUGGCGCCGAUGCACGUCUAAGAGGUGGAUGAUGUUUGAAGUAAAGGACAUGGGGGACUGCAUUUUCAGGAGUAUAUGGAGCCCAAGGACACUGUAAAACAUGUGUAUGCCAUUGUAUAAAUACCCACGGGUAUCAGAAGAUUAAUUCUCCGGGACUCCACGCCGCACAUAAAGGUCCAAACGCCGGCCAAAUGCCUAUCAUAAAUGCAUCGU